UCACGCAUAAGUGGUAAUAUCCUCCCCACUUUUCUAUACUGUAAAGCUGCCAACAAUUUCUUUCAUUCACGCCAAUAUUUAGUUUCCGGGAGGUAAUUCUCUUCCUCUUUCUUAUUUAAUACAUCACGUCGUGUGAGGGGAUUGGAAGGGGUAUAAAACGUGUUAGAAGAGAGAAAGAUUGGCCAUAAAAUAUAGCUACCUAUCAGGCUUCCAUUACUCUGGCGUCCAAUUCCGAAAAAUUCAAAUCUACGUAUGCUAAUGAACGGAAAGCGGUUUCAAGUGGGCUACAUAAUUAUCAUACAUCGUCUUUGCGUUCGCUGUGCAACGAGAGUACGAUCCCACCCGUGCUGAGUGCCAUUCGUUACUUAGAAGAUUAAGUGUGAGCGCUAAUGCUCUUUAUUCCGCACACAGAAAGUAAUUUAUGUGUCAGCACAUUAUGAAAUGCCGCCAUGUAUAACGGAACCCCCAAUCGUUAUCGGUGCCUUAUUAGUCGAUAUGCGCACAUACUACACGUAGCGUAAACAACAGACGUAUACGUGUAUAUAUCCGUAUUGAUUAUAGAAUCAUUCACGCAGGCGGUCGGUCACUCGAUUCCCCAUACUGGAGCUUGGUGUGAAGAGUUGACCGUUAAAUUGAACCGACAGCGUUGCACUAUGACUUGGCCAGGAGGCAUGAGAAAAACAUGAUGUGCAGCAGGGCUGUUGCUUGAAUAUAUACACAGCUCCUGUUUGCUGGCUCCAGUCUUUUUUACCAACUUUGCAAGCGACGUGACUCUCUACUCUGCCAGCUGCGCUGAAGAAACUUGGGGGAAAAAAAAUUACAAGAUACAAACAAUCUUUGACGAAAAAGAGAAAAAAGAGAUUCUUUUUCUACCCACAUCCUUGGCUCGAUUUGAUGUAAAAGAAAACAAAAAAUAUCGAGAGAAGGGAACACUCUUUUAUGUAUACUAAUACGUAUACUGUAUAUAUAUACAUAUACACAGUAAGGGAGCUUAUUCCCUAUUGGUGCUGCUUUUUCUCUCGUUCCGAACAUGGCUAGAUAGUCUAGAAAGAGAACGGCAGGGAGGAGCUUAUAUCGAUUGGGCGGACAUGACGAACGACACAGGAGUUGAACUGGCGUGCUGCUAUUCCGCAUAUAUAUACAUCCCUCUAUAUGCCCGUUAGUGCUGCAUGUCGCAUCGUAAAUUUUCAGCUUUUUCAACAGUGGUCGCCAUCAAAACCAGAAGUCUGCAGCAAAAUGGAGGGAGGAAAAAAAAAUUCAAUGCUUCCCGAGAGAUGCAUGUAUAAGAUCUAAAUGUGUGUAUAUGUAUUUGUAUAGUUGGGUUGUGCGUUGUUCGAUACACACAACUUUGUCUGUGCAGCAGAAUAUUCAUGUUGUUAGGCAAAGAGCUCUGAAGGCUCUCCACCUAAAAUUACGAAAGUUGAAAAGUAUCUUUUAUAUCUCUUAAAAAUAAAAUGGUGGACUAUUUGAUGCUGUGAGAUGUAUUUAUUCUAUGCUUCUAUGUCUAUUGUACCGAUAGACUCAAAGACAUGGGAAAGAUGAAUUCUUUUGGACAAGGAACAUCCAUUAGCUUUCCGUGACAUAAUCAACAAGAAAAAAGAACGAGAGAAUUCUUUCAUGUGGGCUCGGAUUCCAAAUUCCUCAAUUUGUGUUCGGGCUGAGCUGUAUAUUGUAAUCACGCAAGGUUUUCUCGUAUACACAAGAUAGCGUUAACUUGACUGAUAUUUUCCUAUUUUUGGACGUGUUUCAUGGGUGCCUGCUUCGUUGUGGCUAUGAAACUUAAAAAGCGAGACUGAACUAAAACGAAUUAUGUUGGGUAUUCUUUUUUUUUUUCUUUGUUACCCACAGACAAUGACGCAUCAUUCUCUUCGUGUUGCAUUUGAUUCAUUCGAGCUGACCGUUAUUUUUUUUUCCUUUUUUUUUGUUCGGUAUAUUUGAUGUUAUACAGAUAUAUAGGUCUAUAUUUACAUAAGGACAAGAUGUAAAAGGUAGCGUGUGGCGGGAGUGUGUGGAUGUUACAACAAAAACAACAAAACAAUAAAGAAAGGGUCCUCCGAACAUCGCACAUGUCUAAGCUACGCUACAUACUAUUGGUUGCGCCCUGGUGAAAGACUUUUACAGAGAUUCCCAAUAAUAUCACUAUAUUUAUAUUGCUUCCGCACUUCUUUCCUCUUCCAUAUCCGCUUGAUUAGUUUCGAUCCGGAAAAGAAAUGACAUAGAUCUGGUCUCUACAUCGAAAAGAAAAAGAGACAAAGACAGAAUAUAAGGCGAUGACCGUGGCCGGCACGCCAUCAAAAUGGACAGCUAAUUUGUCUUGUAAUGUAUUUUUUUUUUUUUUUUACGCUUUCAUCUUUGUUCUCUGUUGUAAAAUAGCCAAGCACUUGAUCUUCAUCAUGCAUUUGAGAAGGCUCGCUAAAUGUCAAUUGAAUUUGAGAAAUAAAACAGGAUCUCUCCCGAUGGCUGAUCGAGCUGCAAAAUUCGUCUUUUUUUUUCUCCAUCGGAUGGUUUGUGCGAAUAAACAUCGAAUGGGCGUUAUAUACAUUAUGAACGAAAGCUUUAAACGAUUACAACUGUGUCCUCUGUUCUCUGCUGCUCCCGUCCGCACUGUUCGAUUUUGCAAGAUGCGCGUUCAAUGGCGGGUCAGAAACGGCUUCAAUUCGCCAAGGGUAGCCCAUAUUCAACUGUCAAAGUUAGUGUUCCGGCUAGCCGUCACUAGCUGCUAAAAAAAUAGGCAAGAAAUAAAAAGGGGAGCUAGGAAAAAGAACUGUCCUGCUGCACUGGCAACAGUCGGCAGACGACACGGGCUGAGAGCGGUCGUGACUGGGGGACGCGUGACACGACAAUAAUAACAACCAGAAGAACAUUACAAACGAUUAGACGUCCCUCACGUUCUGCUAAUUACCAGGUCCGGAUUAGCCAUACCCGGUGUAUCUGGAUUUAAAGUGAUUCCUGUCUUCAGCUACGUUUUUACUGUUAUUCGACCUGCACUUCAAGGUAAAAGACGACUAGCGACGGAAAAUCUUGCUAGCUCUUAGCUCGUGAAAGGAAAAAUCGCUACAUGUGUUGCCAACUUCGUCGUACGCGCCAACAAAGAAUCUCUCUGCUGAGUUACUCUUCACCUAGUUGAAUCUGUUUUCUCUGUCUGUGGCUGCCAUUUUUGGAUUUGCUCAAUAGUGUAGGAGGUUUACUGCCUACCUGCGCUUCAUCAAUCAAUCACCUUUCAUCAGCCAAACUUUAGGAAACUGCUUAGUGGACUGAGAUCAUGAUAUCUCUCCUGUCGACAUCAUCAUGGGUGAUCUUCAAGCAACACUAGAGCUCUUUGUGGAAUUGAAUAAGUUCUACAAUGUGGAUCUCUUCCAACGAGGAAUAUACCAAGUGCGGGGGCACUUGAGGACGUCACCCAAGAUCGCCGUUAAACUGGAAGGAUCGCUCUACCAUCGACCAAACGGAAACAACAAUAGCGGUCAAGGAACGGGCAGUGGUAGCCAGCAGCAAACCAGCUCCUCUGCAUCUACGGCCAACAUCCUACACCCGGCUUGCGUCCUCAACGGCUCUUUUAUCAGUCAAACAUUCCAGAUCCUGUACCGCAACGAGGACGUCUGCCUGUCGGACAUGGCCCAAUUUAGAUUGCACGUCCUAGUGGACAGCCAUAAGAUUGAGGAGACGCUCGAACGAUUAGAUUUACAUCUGGUGAUGGAGCUGUGGUUCAGCGAACAGGGCUACAGUCUGGGAGAUUCGGGAUUGGAUUCCCAGGAACGUUUCAGCAACGGAAGCGGUAGCGGUGGCGGCGGCAUUUUGUGCGUCUCAAGCCGGACGCUGCAACUUCAUUUGUCGCCCACGCGCGGCUUACACUACCACCUGCCUGUUCUUUUCGACUAUUUCCAUCUGGCAGCAAUCACGGUCACCGUCCACGCCUCUCUCAUCGCCGUCCACCAACCUUACAUCAAGAGGAGUAUGAAACACCUGGUGCAGAGUUGCGCUCCUCGAAGCGGCCGAUCUCGGAUGGGCAACAAUGCACGGACGUCGUAUUCGCGUUACGAUGAAUCGUCGUUCGAUAGUUUCUUCUUCCCCGGAGGGACCGGAGUCAAGUCGACAGGCCAUGCCGGUUGGCGGUUGGCUCAAGCUCGACAGGUCCACAGGGACGUCUGCAGUUUGCUGUCGGCGUCUGCUGAAUCACUGCGAUCCGCACGGCGCCGCUUUCUCAACGAGCUGCCGGAAGACGAUGAACACUCUAGACUGCGCAACGCUGAAGAGCAGAAGAUUACCGCAUCCGCAUCGCAAGUCACCCUGGGUGGCAGUCGCGACGGUCACGUGUCCGACUGCGAGGAGGAAUUUGUUGCAGCUGCUAAUAACGAGAUCGGACAGCUUUGCGCUCAUAAUGUCCUUCUCUGGCGCAAGUUGUUGGACGUUUUUGCCGGAAGCGAACCCGUCCGCUUGAUGCUGGCACAACAGCAUCAUGCCCACCGGGUCAGACGUUUCGCUGAGGCAUUUUAUGUUGUCAAUCACCCAAGGCCGGCCAUGGCCAACUGCAACGACGCCGAUGUACACACCUACCUCUACGUGACGGAAGCGCUGCGCAAAUCCAGGUACCUGGCCAGCUUGCCACCAUUGCCGGUAGAGUGCCUAGAAAUGAACGGCGAUAUCAACACUUUGCCUGUCAUUUUCGAGGAUCGUUAUGAGCCGCUAAUCAGCGUCGGAUCGAAGAAGAGAUCUAACACUAAUCCUUCGACUAAGUCGAUCACACCGCAGCAUUGUGACGGCCCUCUAGAGUUUCAUCAGCCCAUUUACGAAGAGAUCAACCCACAGACCCCGACUGGCAACAAAGCGCUCUUGCAACAGCAGUCACGGCAAUCGCAUCGUCCUGCGGGUGCCACUUUAGUAGUGAAUCAUGUUUAUCGAUCACUGCCUCAGACGCCCCUCAUUAGCGGAGCGUCUCCAUCCGUCCUGCAUCACCACCUGGGCCAGCAAGAAUUGCUGCUAGGAGAUCAUCGAAGACGCUCGUAUGGCGGAGAAAAGGGUCAGAUUCAAGCGGAAUUAGCACGUCCUGUCGUCUCGAUGAUGGCGUCAUCACGUCCCGACGAUGAAAGCGAGGAACCUCUCGUUCGUCACGAUGACGACGACGCUGACCGUUUAAAUGACAACGGCAACUCGGCAGGCAGAUCACGUUUCAAAUUCCGGCCGUUGGUCACUAGCAAGAGCUCGGAAAACUUCCAGCAACUAAGACGGGUCGCCAUGGCAGCCGCUGCCAGAAGAAAUCCAUCUCUGCCCGUCAAAUUACUCGGUUACAAGCCUCUGAUGGAGAGCAGCGUAGUUAAUCCGCAAUCCAAUAGCGAAUCGUUACCCGAUCUCAAAUUCACAACUCCCCAUUCCCCCAGCCGACAGGCCGUUACACAGCGGACGAGGCCGCCGACAUCGGAUCUGGCUUUUUGCCACAGCGUAUCCGAUCCGGCUCUUGUUCGCGCUUCCAGCGGACGGACCUUAAAAACAAAUGAUAUCACUGUCAAAGCUAUGGCGCCCUCAAGUCCUCUCAUUGAGCGUCUGCGAGCUGACGGUUUGAAUUCCUCAGCCAGCGACUGCAGUGACCAGAGCGGAUGGGUGUCUUCGACCAUGUCCAGCCGACAGAAUAGCCCGCCACCAGCUCAUCAUCGCUGCCGAACCGAGCAUUGUUAUCCUGAUUCAGAGCCCGCUCCGCUAGCUCCGCCGGAAGAGUUCCAAGAUCCGCCUCGGUUGAGAAACUUUGCCGCCAAGCGGUACAACCUGAACUCCAUGCUCAUCUCACCCAAGCGAGACGCUCCACCUGAAGGUACCCGUGGAACAUUCCGCAGCCUUGGAGAAGACGUGGGCAGCUGCAGCAGCAGCACUAAUGGCAACCAGCCCAGCCGUAGCAAACCGCGCCCACUUAGUCAAGAAGAACUCCGGUUGUUGCAGUUGUUAUUGUACGAAAUGUGCCGGCCAGGCCAACCGAAUCCUCUCAUUAGAGCGUUGUCUCAUUCACUUUACGAGUCGUUGGCUGUUUCUCUAUCUUUGACGUCCAAUAAUCCGUCCGGCCAGAACUACAAGAUGCCAGAGCCGAAUGUUUCGCAUUCUACGUCCCUGCCCUGCCUCAUUAAAAAUCAUGACGACGAACGACUAGACUUGCAUCCUUUACAUGCGCAAUACCAAGAAAACCAACGCCAGUUGCAACAGCAGCAGUUGCUGCAGCAACAACAGCAACAACAGCAGCAGCAGCAUGCUACGCCGCCAGAACAACGCGCCUCCAUUCAGGCCAAUAUUCAGCAGCGAUCUGUGUCUCUGUCGACGCUUCAACCUAAAGAAGAAAAGCCUGAAGGCGAAGGCGAAGGCGAAGAGCUCCUGCAGCAAAAGUUGGUUUCGAUGCUGGGUGACGGUACGCUUUCCUUCCUCAAAGCCAAGGAGGAUUUUAAACGUCAGAUUCACUUUAACGGGACGUUGUAUUCGGAUAUUCAUCCAAUCAAUCCGACGUCGCCUUAUUUCCACGUGGCUGAGGAGUUGAGGCCCUUCUCGCCCGAGGGACUUCACUUGAUCGUUUGCGUCCACGGACUCGAUGGAAACUCUGCUGAUCUGAGGCUGGUCAAAACCUAUCUGGAAUUGGUUUUGCCCGGUUCCAAUUUGGACUUUCUCAUGUCCGAACGCAAUCAGGGUGGGACGUUCAGCACAUUCGAUACGAUGACCGACCGCCUCGUAUCCGAAAUCUUCUGCUAUCUGGAGGGCAAUAAUCUCAAUCCGAAAAGGAUCAGUUUCGUCGGUCACUCACUGGGCACCAUAAUUAUACGAUCGGCUCUAACGCGACCGCAGAUGCGACCCCUUUUGCCCAAACUCCAUACUUUCCUCUCACUGUCUGGGCCUCAUCUGGGCACCCUUUACAAUUCUUCCGGACUGGUCAAUAUGGGCUUAUGGUUAAUGCAACGCUGGAAAAAAUCUGGCUCGUUACAGCAGCUAUCUUUAAAGGAUGCUGAAGAUCCGCGCAAUUCUUUCCUAUAUAAACUAGCUAGAAACUCGGAAUUGCAUCAUUUUCGCUAUGUGAUUCUUUCAGCAUCUGCUCAGGAUCGAUAUGUUCCUCUACAUUCGGCUCGCGUGGAAAUGUGUCGAGCAGCCGUGAAGGAUCCCACCGUUUUGGGCACAAUCUAUCAGGAAAUGGUUCAUAAUAUCCUCGGUCCAUUGAUGAAUAACGAUAAAGUGACGGUAGUCCGUUACGAUAUCCAUCACGCUCUGCCAUCAACUGCCAACGCCCUGAUCGGUCGUGCCGCACACAUUGCGGUACUCGAUUCCGAACUUUUCAUUGAAAAGUUUCUUCUCGUCGUAGGAUCAAAGUAUUUUCAAUGAAAGAAUCAAUUUCAUGAUCUCAUCUACCUUAGCCGCCUCGUCCAGCUGGUGGGUAGACAACAAAAAAAUGUAGGUAAUAAUGGCGGAUCUGUGUGAAAAAGAAGAACAAAAGAUGUUUUAAGUACUUUGAAUUAAGUGUUGAAAUUUAGAACAAAAAAGAAUCUGGUCAACCGUCCAAUGCUACAAUAAGAAGUCGAAUGACGAUGGUAUGGGGACGACCAUUUUGUCAAGUAAAACGUUCUCGUUCGGUCAUUUUCUCUUGUACAUAGAGAUUUUAAAUUAGUCUUUGACAACUUUUUUCGACCCUUCGUUGCACCGAUCAAAAUCUCUAAUCCCGUUCGAUUUUUUUUUUCCUAUCAUUGUUUAUUCAUCUGUUAUCUUGAGUUUUGAUGCAAUCAUGCCCUCCUGCUGAUCUAAAAGUCUUCCCAGUGAAUAUUCCUUGAAAAUAUUUGGCAGCAGAAAUCGACAUUAGUUGGGGGAAAACAACCAAAGUGAAACUUUCAAACCAUUUGAAUCAAGGUUCCUGUGUGUAAAAUCCAUGUAUAGGAGAUGAUUUAAAAAAGAAAACAAAAAAAAAAACGCUCAUACUUUUUGCACGACCAUGAAUAUCUCGUAUACAAACAUUGGAAAUCAAGUAUUCUGUCAUUUCUCAAUAUAAGUUUCUCCACUUCCUUCUCGCCAAUCUUUCCCUUAAUUGAUUUUGUUGUUUUCGUUUCGCAUGAGCCAAUUCUCAUGAAAAUUUGUUGAUGUAUAUCAUGUGCCCAACAGUUAUAUGUGCAAUUUUUGCUUGUUUUUACAUGACACCAUUCGACUCAA